AUGUACGCUUACAAAGAAUUCGACGAUCAAUUCGACGAAGUUCCAAAGCUCUACAAAUCGAUAGCUGAAGACUACCCGGAAAAUAAAACGCUCGGCCUGUAUGAAAGUUAUGAUGAGAGUUAUACAGAGAGUGUUUUCAAACUUGGGGCAAUAAUUUCUGAUGAAGCAGAGGUUAAAACAGGCUAUUUGCUCGGCACUCUUCCCGAUUCUAGCGCUGCGAUAUGUUCUUCGUUCGAAAUCAAAGACCCGAUCCAAAUCUCGGUCGGGUACAAACGCUGCCGGGAAAAGAUGCUCUCUUAUGCGAAGGAACACGAUUUGAAAACUGAUACUUUUCUUGAAAUUUACUCGCCCGACAAUUCUUCAUACUACUUUUUGCAAUAA